AUGAAGUCCAAUACUUCUCAGGUAUCAGAGCUUCCUGGAUACUAUUACGAUAGCGAAAAAAAGAAGUAUUUCAAGAUACAGGCAAAUGCACCAUCAGGUUCCGCAUAUUCGUCUCACGAUGUGAAGAGACGCAAGCUUGACGACGAGAACCACAAAGCCGAAUCUUUAAGAGUCCAGCGAAAUGUUGGUCGCAUCAAAAGAGCAAAGAUUCUUGAGUCCCCUAUGGCUGGUGGCUUCUUAUCUAGAGAAUUCGGACAGCCUUGCUUGAACACUGCUGCUGCCCACUAUUAUGCUCAAAGUCUCUCCACGGCGUUUGCGGUUGAUUACUACCCACAGGACAACCGAGCAAGCGGCGCCUACCUUUUCGACGUGAGUGGAUAUACUAAUGUGUCUGAGGCCAAAGUUCUCAUGUCUUAUGCUGCCAAUAACACAAUCCUGCACCUAUCGUACGACUAUGGAAUGAAAGCAAAAGACAAAUCACGAGUACCGAAUGUGUUUGGAUCUCAUUUUAGAUUUCAGAGAUCCUACAAUCUGGGUUUUCCACCGGGUCAAUCCACUUCUAUCAGUGCCAAUGAGUCAAUUGGGCACGUUGUAACGACAUGGUCUGGUGUACCUGCAUCUAGAGCAAUCGUAGUUAGUCCUUUUCCCCCGCCUGAACUUCGACCUCAUCCUAUGAAAUCCGACAUCCACCUCAGUCCUGGGACCAAGCGAGGCCCAGUCGAUGUCCUAUCAUCCGCCUCAGCGCCUACAAGUUCCACGGAUGCAUUUGUCGUUGGUACGAGCAAAGGUAUCCUUCGGAUCAAUCAAAAUAUGGACAUGUCCUGGAUCCGAACCCUCAACACAAAAGACCAAUAUUACAGCGAUGUAUUCGCCGUGCAGUAUCAGUCAAAUCACAAGGAUAUCCUUCUCACAGGUGAACGAAGAGGUAUUCUCAGUCUCCUAGAUCUCCGAACAUCUCAAUCUGGGCCCAUAGCAAAGAUUCAACACACAAGCGGAAUCGCGGAAAUCAAGUCUCUCGACGAUCACCGCGUUCUUGUUGCAGGUUGUGCGUCCGAUCUUUGCCAGUACGAUAGACGAUUUACAAAACCAAAUACUCAGCUCUCACACACAUUAAAACACACUAAGAAGACUACAGCCCCCACAACACCUUAUCUAAAUUACCCCGAUUACCGAAAUAACGGCCGGCUGAACAUAGGACUAGACGUAGACCUUGAGCUUGGCAUCAUCGCAGCCGCAGAUGACGUUUCGACAACUGCCGCCGAAGCAAAAAUUAAGAUCUUCUCUCUACACGGAGCACAAGUCUUGCACGAACACAUGAUUCCAACCGAUGUGCCCAAUAUGGGUUGUUUAAAAUUCGUACAGGAUACGUUCAACGAACCUAAAAGUAUCUGGGCAACGUUUGCACAGCGGAUCGUGAGGCUCUCGCUCGAUGAUAAUCACAACACCCCUUCGUCCAUAGCGAGUACUACUUGA